GCUGCCUUGGAGUGGGUGAAUCCGCGCUGGACACCAUUGCUCCGUGGGAUUACUCUGAAUGAGUUUGCUUUAAACAGCUUGACUUACAUAACAGCUCGUAAUUCAAGGUGCUGUGCGGUCGCUGCGUAGGGCAACUUAGAAGAGGUGACUUUUAGAGCACUCAUCAUGUCAGUGGUAGGCAUUGAUGUGGGUUUCCAGAAUUGCUACAUCGCAGUUGCCAGGAGCGGCGGCAUUGAAACCAUCACCAAUGACUACAGUGACAGAUGCACACCGGCUUGUGUGUCUUUGGCCUCCAAAAGCCGCAUGAUUGGAAAUGCAGCCAAAAGUCAAGUCGUUACCAACUGCAAAAAUACAAUUCAUGGCUUCAAAAAGCUCCACGGAAGAGCGUUUGAUGACCCAUUUGUCCAAGCGGAAAAACCCAAACUGCCUUACAGCUUACAUAAACUGGCGAAUGGAAACACAGGAGUUAAGGUGCGUUAUUUGGACGAAGACAAAGUGUUCACAGUGGAGCAAAUCGCAGGGAUGCUGCUCAACAAGCUGAAGGAAACAGCAGAGAGCGCACUGAAGAAGCCCGUGGUGGACUGUGUCAUAUCUGUCCCAGGGUUUUUCACAGAUGCUGAAAGACGGUCUGUGUUAGAUGCAACUCUAAUCGCAGGGCUCAACUGUUUACGGCUAAUUAAUGACACAACUGCAGUGGCUUUGGCCUACGGGAUCUACAAACAGGACCUCCCCACUCCAGAAGAGAGGCCAAGAAAUGUGGUAUUUGUGGACAUCGGACAUUCAUCAUUCCAGGUCUCCAUCACUGCCUUCAACAAAGGCAAACUCAAGGUCUUGGCCACUGCGUUUGAUCCGUACCUCGGUGGGCGCAAUUUCGAUGAAGCGUUGGUCGAUUACUUCUGUGAGGAGUUUAAGGUGAAGUACAAGCUCAACGUGAGGGAGAACCCGAGGGCUCUGCUGCGGCUGCACCAGGAGUGCGAGAAACUGAAGAAGCUGAUGAGCGCUAACUCCUCUGACCUGCCUCUGAACAUAGAGUGCUUCAUGAAUGACAUUGAUGUUACAAGCAGGAUGAACAGGGGCCAGUUUGAAGACAUGUGCUCUCAAUACCUGAUGAGAAUAGAGAUGCCGCUGAAAACAGCUCUUGAACAAUCAAAGCUGAGCCGGGAUGAUAUUUAUGCAGUGGAGAUAGUUGGAGGAGCCACGAGAAGCCCGGCCAUCAAAGAGAGAAUCUGGAAGUUUUUCGGUAAAGACAUCAGUACCACGCUUAACGCAGAUGAAGCUGUCGCUAGAGGCUGUGCGCUCCAGUGCGCUAUUCUGUCUCCAGCCUUCAAGGUGCGUGAAUUCUCCAUCACUGAUGUGGUUCCCUUUCCUAUUACUCUUCGCUGGAAAACACCAUCAGAGGAUGGACUGGGAGAGUGUGAGGUGUUCAGUAAGAAUCAUGCUGCUCCGUUUUCCAAAGUGAUCACCUUUCACAAGAAGGAACCCUUUGACCUUGAAGCCUUCUACAACAGCCCUCAAGAUCUGCCCUACCCAGACCACAGGAUAGGAUGUUUCUCUGUACAGAACGUUGUUCCCCAGCCAGAUGGAGACAGCUCUAAAGUGAAGGUCAAAGUGCGAGUGAACGUCCACGGUAUCUUCAGCGUGUCCAGUGCCUCCCUGAUUGAGAAGCAGAAAGGAGAGGGGGAGGACAUGCAAAUUGACUCGGAGCCAAUGGUGCAAAAUGAAGGCAGGCCAGAGGACCAGACCAAAAUGCAGGUGGACCAGGAAGGCCAAAGCCAGGGGGACCAGCAGAGCGAGGACAACAGUUCCAGCAGUAAGGAAGAGCUAUCUGGGGAGAAGCAGGACCCAGCAGCGGGGGGAAGCAAACCCAAAGUCAAGGCGAAGAGUAUUGAUCUGCCCAUCGUAGCCAACAACAUUCGACAGCUCGAGAGCGAUGUCCUAAACAACUUUGUGGAGUAUGAGCGUCAGAUGGUCAUCCAGGACAAACUGGUUAAAGAGCUGAAUGAUGCUAAAAAUGCUGUGGAGGAGUAUGUAUACGACCUACGGGACAAACUCUGUGGGAUCUAUGAAAAGUAUAUCACUGAGGAAGACAGUAACCGGCUGACACUGAUGCUAGAGGACACAGAGAACUGGCUGUAUGAGGAGGGAGAGGACCAACCCAAACCAGUCUAUGAGGAGAAACUUCAAGCACUAAAGAGGUUUGGUCAGCCCAUUCAGGACCGGCACAGAGAGCAUGAGGACAGGCCGAGAGCUUUUGAAGAGUUGGGAAAGAAACUGCAGCUCUACAUGAAGUUUGUGGAUUGUUUUAAACAAAAGGAUGAACGAUACCAGCAUUUGACUGCAGAGGAAACGAGCACUGUGGAAAAGUGUGUGAGUGAAAACAUGGGCUGGAUGAACAGCAAGAUGAACGCGCAGAGCAAACUUGGUAUAACUCAGGACCCCAUUGUUAAAGUAGCAGACAUCAUUUCCAAAAUACAGGAACUAGAGGAUGUGUGUAAUCGAGUGAUCAACAGGCCAAAGCCGACAGUGGAGGAGGCCCCUGAGGUGAACGACCAAAACAGUGGUGCUCAUAACGGCCCGACGGCGAAGCAGGGAGCAGAAGGGAAGGGAGACGUGAAGGGAAGCCAGCAGACAAAGCCUGGAACCAAAGAGAUGGAGGUGGACUGAGAUCACCGUGCACUACAACCAUCACCGUGUUUACCACAAGCUACCAUUUAGACAGUAGAAACAUAAAUACCUGGAACCAUCAUUCCUCAACAUCACAAGUCACUUUGGUGGAUUUGUUUUCUGUGCUGCUUUCCCUUCUUGAUUGGACUUAACCUUAUGAGGAUUCUGUUUUCACCCUUUCCUCCUUGUGUGUGAAAAAGGUGUGCUUUACUCUCUCAAAGGUUUGACAUCCUCAAUAAAGAAAGAAUGAUGCAAUGGAUUCAACUUUGCUUCUAAUAUAUAAAACCUUUUUCUCUGUACCAAACAGGAAGGUUUCUUGGUGAUUGCAUUCCAUGUGUCUUUUAUACUCAAGUAAAACCUGUCACUCAUAGGCGUCUUGACCGUGCUAAACAAUCACUACAGCAGAACUUUUAGUUUGUAUGCAAUGAUUGAAAUGAUAUAUAAUAUAAGUAUAUAUAUAUUUGUAUUUAGCUAAAUAUGAUGUUCAUGUCAAGAGACUGUAUAUAUAUUUAAGUAAAAUAAAAGCAGCCAGCAUAUAUUAUAAAUGUACAUAGAGAGAAUAUUCCUAGUACAAUGGUAAUGCUUGAUACACCAAAUCUCUCCAGUAAGUGAUUGGUCACCUACUUCCUUUAUUCUGUUUUCUCGCAUUUUUCCAUUCUUUAGUCAUUGGAUUAAAGAUGGCAAAAAUAAAUACAUUUGUCUGUAAGACAAAAAUGA